AUGUCCGCCUCGAACCAAACGGAGACUCCAGACGUGGAUUGCAAUCAGUAUUUAGAGGACUUGCGAAGCGAGAAAUCCUUAGCGUGGGUCGCCGAGCAAAACGAACGGACACUCCAAGAACUGUUUCCUUCUUCCUCUUCUCCCAUCGAGAACGAGCCGUUACACGCGGAGUUGUUGGAAGUAUUCGACGAUAAAAAUCGCAUCCCAACGGUCUCAGUUCGAGGGGAUUUCUUGUACAACUUUUGGCAAGACGAGGACCACGUGAAAGGGAUUUGGAGGAGGACCACGUGGGAAGAGUACAAAAAGAAAGAUCCAGAAUGGGAGACGGUGUUAGAUAUCGAUGCGUUGGCGGAAAAAGAAGGGAAAUCGUGGGUGUAUAAAGGGGCGAGGUUUCUGUGUUACGGUCCCGGGGAGUAUCGGCGAGCGGAUAGGUGUUUGAUUUCCUUGAGCGAGGGCGGGACGGACGCGUGCGAGGUGCGAGAGUUUGACGCGAUGGAGAAGAAAUGGGUGACAGAGAACCCUUUUUAUAUUCCGAAUUCGAAACACACCGUCUGUUGGGUUGAUAGAGACACCUUGUGGGUCGGUUACGAUUACGGCGAAGGGACGAUGAGCCCCAGCGGCUAUCCGUUGACGACGAGAAAAUGGUCGAGAGGUACGAAAUUGGAAGACGCGACGGAGAUUUUUAGAGGCGAACCAACCGAUGUGUCCGCAGGUGGUUCGUUUUAUUACGAUAAGGAUGAAAAAUACGCCAUGUUUUAUCGCAUGGCUACGUUCAACGAUAUCGAGUAUUAUUAUUGGUUCGAGGGCGAUAAGGAUUUGACAAAAGUCAAAUGGAUCGCUUCAAGUUGUCGCAUCCAGACAUUUAAGAAGAAAGUGCUGAUAAUGCCGAAAGAAGUUUGGUCGUUUGGCGGGAAAGUGUAUAAAGCUGGGAGUUUACUCUCGUGCGAUUUCGAAACGUUCGUGAAAGAGGGCCAUUUGGACGCGGUGUUUCUCGGCGCUGGCGCACGUACUGUUGGCGAGGAACCGAAGUGCGACAUUCAAAUAUUAUACGAACCGGCAAACGAUCGGUGCGCGUACGAAGGAGCGACAGACUCGAGAGAUUAUUUGUACGUUUCUAGUUUAGAGAACUUACAAUCGAAGAUUACCGUCUAUCGAUUCGACGACGCGACGAAUGCGUUCAUCUUGGAAGGCGCGCACGAGGCGGAAAAUUGUCAAACGUUCUCCGUCGGCGGCGCCGAACCAAACUCGACCAAUGCUUUGUUUGCGUCUUCGAGUGGAUUCUUAAACCCGUCGACGUAUUUGUAUAACGAAGUAGGUGGAUUAAAAGGCAUAAAAAACGCGCAAUCGUUGAAGUCGAGCAGUUCGUGGUUCGAUUCCGAGGGCAUGUCAGUAACUUUAAACGAAGCGACGUCCAAAGACGGCACGAAAGUGCCGUAUUUCUUAGUCCGAGCAAAAGGUAACGACGAAAACAGCGGACCGAAACCCACCGUUUUGAACGGGUACGGUGGAUUUAGGAUUAACAGUUUGCCGUCGUAUUCCGGGAGCACGGGUAAAGCGUUUCUAAACCAUGGCAUGAAUUUUGCGUUGGCGUGCAUUCGAGGCGGAGGCGAGUUCGGCCCGGAGUGGAGCGACUGCGCCAAGAAAGAAAACAGGUGGAAAUCCUUCGAAGAUUUCAACGCGGUCGCGGAAGAUUUAGUCAAGGUUGGCGCGACGACGCCAAAACAACUAGGAUGUAUCGGCGGAUCGAACGGCGGUUUAUUAACCGGCGCCAUGGCGACGCACUUCCCCGAAUCCUUUGGCGCAAUCGUUAGUCAGUGCCCGUUGCUUGAUAUGGAGCGAUACGUCUACUUAACCAGCGGUUCGAGUUGGAUCAACGAAUAUGGCGACCCGAGAAUUGAAAACAUGAAACCGAAAAUACUUGCUUGGUCGCCGUACCAUCAAAUCUCUGAACGCUCGGUGGCGAAUAUGCCGCCGACGCUGUUUACGUGCAGCACCGCGGACGAUCGAGUCCACCCGUCGCACGCGAGGCGAUUCGUGGAAAAGGCACACAAAGUUGCCAAAGACGAAGCGAAAGCUAAAGAAACCAUCUUGUACCAUGAAAUGACCGAGGGUGGGCACGCCGGUGCCGCGGAUAAUAAAAAUCGAGCAAAAAUCAAAACGAUUGAAUAUACCUUCUUACGAACAAAGCUUUGUAACGCGCAGCCAUAG